AAGAAAAACAAAAUUUUGAGUUGCUUGUUGGAUGUCAACGCCCUGCAUGCGGAACACUUACAUUGGAUUACAACCAAGAACGCUUUCGAAUAUCUCUCGUAAGCAAAACCACAUGCAAUAUUAAUUUAUUCAUCAGUUAGUCAACUUUACUGUAAUUAUCAAGUGAUUCGACGCCUAGUGCAUUCACAGGAAGAAUUUAUUUCAGAUCUUGAUUGUUAAUGUCUUGAUACUUGAAACUACAGAGAAGUAUCAUGGGUCGUUUUGGCAGUUCAAGAUUUCUCAGAGUUGAAGUUGAUCCUGAUGGAUUAGACCUGCCUACAAUAACCGGAGGAGAUUCGACGAACCUCACCAGCAAGCCUGACGGGACCCCAGUAAGAGAAACAAAGUCUAGGAGGGCUAUUAUAUUGAGCAAAGGAAAAUCCUUCAAAGCAAGAGUAUUGAGCAGGGUAUUUGCAGAGGACUAUGACACUACAAAGAACAAGAUAUUGGAUCCUAAAGGGCAAACCAUUCACAAAUGGAACAUGACUUUCUUAGUGGCAUGUUUGGUUUCACUCUUUGUGGAUCCUUUAUUCUAUUACUUGCCAAUUAUCAGUGGAGACUCGUGUAUAGAUAUGGCAUUUUAUCUCAAAAUCGUCCUUACCAUCAUAAGAUCAGUGGCUGAUGUCUUUUAUGUGAUUCAAAUAUUUAUGAAGUUUCAUACAGCUUAUGUUGCGCCAUCUUCCCGGGUGCUCGGAAGGGGAGAGCUUGUUAUAGAUUCUUCAAAGAUUGCAUUAAGAUACCUAAGCAAUGGAUUUUUGACAGACCUUAUUGCUGCCCUGCCCUUUCCUCAAGUAUUGAUUUGGUUUAUUAUUCCUAAUAUUGAUGGUUGGGGACUGUUGCACAUGAAGAACACCCUUUGGUUGCUAAUUAUGAUUCAAUACCUUCCAAAAGUCUUUCUUAUAUUUCCAAUUUGGUGGCAAAUUGCGGAUGCUGCCGGUGUUGUGACACAAACAGCAUGGACAGCAGCUGCCUAUAACUUGUUCCUUUAUAUGGUUUCAGGAGCUUGCUAUUAUCUGCUGUCACUCGAACGAAUUGAAGAUUGCUGGCACAGUGUCUGCAAUCUUGAGACUUCAUAUUGUCCUGAUGGAUUCUUCGAUUGCCGGCAAGUCAAAGACCCCAGAAGGGUUAACUGGUUCCUGUCUACCAAUAUCUCAAACCAAUGUAAUGCAAGUAUGACUGGCAGCUCUUAUCAAUACGGUAUAUACAUUGGGGUAGUGCAACUUAAUGUAGCAAGUUCAGCAUUCAUGAACAAGUACUUUUACUGUUUCUGGUGGGGUUUGAAGAAUGUCAGUACUAUAGGACAAAAUCUUAUUCCAAGCAUUCGAGUUGGAGAAAAUAUUUUUAUUACCAUCGUUGGGAUUACAGGACUUAUUCUGUUUGCCCUGCUCAUUGGGAAUAUGCAAAGGUACCUCCAAUCUACAACCAAAAGACUAGAGGAGUGGAAGAUCAAGAGAGCUGAUACGGAACAAUGGAUGCAUCAGAGGCAUCUGCCUAUAGAACUAAGGCAGUCUGUGAGAAAUUAUGAUCAGUAUAAAUGGUUAGCUACUAGAGGGGUUGAUGAAGAAAACAUUAUUCAAACCAUUCCUGUGGAUCUCCAGAGAAAGGUCAAACGCCACUUAUGCUUCGAUCUAGUUCGACGAGUGCCCCUGUUUGAUGAAAUGGAUGAAACAAUGUUAGAUGCAAUCUGCGAGAGGCUUAAGCCUACAUUGUGUAUCCAAGGCAUAUGCCUUGUACGCGAAGGUGACCCUGUGAAGCAAAUGCUGUUCAUAAUCCGAGGCCAUCUUGAUUCUUACUCCGGCAAUGGACACGUCAACUUGUGCCAGAUAGGUCCCGGCGAUUUCUGCGGUGAGGAGUUGCUGACAUGGGCAUUGGACCCACGUCCACGUGUGGCAUUUCCAUCGUCCACUCGCACUGUCAAGGCCACCAAUGAAGUAGAGGCAUUUGCACUCCUAGCAGAGGACUUGAAGUUUGUAGCAUUACAAUUUAGAAGGCUAAACAGUAAACAGCUUAGGCACAAGUUCAGGUUCUAUUCUCAUCAGUGGAGGACAUGGGCGGCGUGUACGAUACAAGUUGCUUGGCGCAGGCAUAGAAAGUUCAAGGAAAUGGGUGAGCCACAUGAACCUGGAAUGCCUCCACCUGGAUCAUUCUGGUCUCUAUUGGCUGAGAGCCUGGUGGCAAGCGCCAGAUGGACCACAAAACAUAGGAAAUCUGCGGGGUCAGUUUCUGAUGCUGGAAGCUCAAUAGAGAAGCCAGAAGAGCCUGAUUUUUCAGAUGAAGAAGAAUGGGAUAACAACACUCUCAAAUUGGCAUCAAACACUUGAUUUUCAUUUAUUUUGUUCUCCUGGAGUCUUGAAAUAUUUGAACAAAUAAAUUACCACUAAUCUAUAUAAAUAUAAUAAAACUAAUCUCAAAAAUAACUUAACCUAAAAAUAAUAAGUGAUAUUCUAUUCAUUUAUUACCUGGUUAUUUAUAAUAUUUGUCUGCA